AUUUUAUAUAGAAUCAUCCAACAACCAGAUGAGUUCAUAAAAGAGAGAGAAGCUUAGUCGCUCCUGUAGUUUCUUCAACUAGCGUUCGUCUCAACUGGUUGACUCUCUUGAGUAGAGAUCAAUGGCUGAAUUUCUCACUUUUGGUGCUCAAGAAUUGCUGAGGAAAGUGGCUUCACUUGCAGCCCAAGAGUUCAAUCUCGUAUGGGGAUUCAACGGAGAGAUAACAAAGCUGCGUGAGUCACUGGUCAUGCUUGAAGCUAUGCUACAAGAUGCAGAACAUCCGCGACAAAAUCAGGGAGAGGCUGUGAAGAUCUGGUUGAAGAAGCUUGAAAACAUGGCUCAACAGGCUGAUGAUGUUUUGGAUGACUAUGGAUAUGAGCUUCUUCGGCGUAAGGUGCAAGUGCGGAGCCAGAUGAAGAAAAUGGUGCAAGAUUUCUUUUCACUCUCCAAUCCAGUUGUAUUUCGUGUUAAAAUGGCACAUAAAAUUAAGAAGAUCAACUCCUCUUUGGAUGAGUUGACUAAGAAGGCAAGUGCUAUUGGCUUAGUUGUUAAUCUAUCCUUAGAUGCAACAACUUCCCAUGGUAUAACCAUUGACAGGGAAACCUACUCUAUCGUGAAACAAGAUGAAAACAAUAUCAUUGGAAGGGACGAUGUUGUGGCAGAUGCAGUUCAAACCCUGAUCAAAUCAAACCCAAAACAAGAAAGUAAUCUUUCUGUUAUGGCCAUUGUUGGUAUGGGGGGCCUUGGCAAGACAACUUUGGCUAAAUCAAUAUAUCAUGAAUCUGAGAUAGGUAGGCACUUUAAGAAAAAGAUAUGGAUAUGUGUAUCCACAAUUUUUGAAGUCCGUUCAAUUUUGAGAGGGAUCCUGGAAUCUCUUGAACCAGAAAAAGCUGCAGUGCGAGCUAUAGAUGCAAUUUGUAAAGCUGUCCAAGAAGAGUUGAAGGGAAAGAGAUAUCUUCUCAUACUUGAUGAUGUAUGGAACGAAGAUGCUCAAAAAUGGAGUGACUUGAUGAGUUGUUUGUUAAGAAUCACUGAUGCUCGAGGAUGCAGCAUCAUUGUUACUACUCGUAGUGCCAAAGUUGCAAAAAUAGUGGAGACCCUUCCUAGAUGUGAUUUGAGAAAACUUUCAGAUGAUGGAUGUUGGCUCAUAUUAAAGGAUAAGGCGGUGCCAGACAAAAGUAUUCCUAUACAUGAAGAUCAAGAGAAAAUUGGAAGGGAGAUUGCGAAAAAAUGUGGAGGUAUACCAUUAGUUGCAAAGGUUUUAGGAAACAUUAUGCGUUCUAAAACAAGCGAUGGAUGGAAUUCAAUUGUUAAUAGUAAAAUUUGGGAGAUAUCAGAAGAAGAAGAAAGAAUCAUGUCGAUUUUGAAGUUGAGUUUUGAUGAAUUGAAAUGUUCAUCAUUGAAACAGUGUUUUGCAUACUGCUCAAUGUUCAUUAAAGAUUUUGAGAUGGACAAGGCUGACUUGAUUCAACUUUGGAUGGCUCAAGGAUGGCUUCAUUCCACCACAGCUGAUAUGGAGAUGGAGGAUAGAGGUAACGAGUAUUUUAACAUCUUAUCAGAAAAGUCCCUUUUUCAAGAUGUUGAAACGGAUUACAAUGGUAAUACGAGUUGUAAGAUGCACGAUCUUGUGCAUGACCUUGCAGAACGUGUAUCAAACAUGACACACUUGCGCUCUCUGUUUUCAAAGGGAGAAGCACUUGGGAGUGCCUUGCUUACUGUUAGAUCUUUACGUGUGUUAAAUUUAUAUGAGGCGGACAUCGACAAGCUGCCGAGUUCAAUUGGAAAGUUGACACACUUGAGGUAUCUGAAUGUUAUGAAGACUAAUGUCAGAGCAUUUCCAAGAUCUAUCGGUCAGCUUUAUUACCUUGAGACGUUUAAAAUGCCUUAUCAUGUUGAAGAGUUCCCGAAGAUGAUUGCUCAUAUGAUUAACUUGAGAUAUGUUUAUUUUGGUAAACAUGCAAUGGUUCCAGCUGGGAUAUUGGGAACGUUGACGAAUCUCAGAUCAUUACCUUUACUAAAGGUGGGCGAGGAAACUGGGCCUAGGAUUGAGGAACUCGGUGGGUUAAACCAUUUGAGAGACACCUUAUCUAUCUAUGAUCUGGAGCAUGUAAGAAAUGGAGAAGAAGCAGCGAAAGCGAAGUUGGUCGAUAAGAAACACAUAAGAAAGUUGACUCUUGACUGGAAGCUCAGUAGAGCAAGCAACAAUGUCGACAAUGAGGAUGAUGUACUUGAAGGCCUGAAACCACAUUGUAAUCUGGAAAGUUUAAACAUCCAGGGGUUCAUGGGUUGUAAGUUUCCAUCAUGGUUAUUGCUUGCCAGCAACUUGAAAGAUAUUGAAUUAGCAGGGUGCAACAAAUGCGAAAGAGUCCCAACACUAGGCCAUCUGCCCAAUCUUAGACAUGUUAAGAUUGCCAACAUGCAGAACCUAAGGUGCUUGGGGUCAGAGUUUUAUGGUUACGAUCAGAUCUCUGGUUCAACAACAAGUGAUGAGGGAAAUACUCUGUUUCCUAAAUUGAGGUCAUUGCAUAUCGAUAAUGCCGAGAAUCUAAUAGAUUGGAUGGAAGCAGCGGAAGUGAUGCUAAUUGCAGAAAGAGUAACUGUGUUUCCCUGUCUUGAAAACCUCAUGCUGUGGAACUGUAAGCAACUGCAAAGUGCUCCCAGUCAUUUUCCAUCUCUAAAAUGGUUGCAGAUUAGAGGCAUGAACAGCGGAGGCAUUCCAAUAGCAAGUAUUCUGAGCAGUAGUCUGACCACUCUCACUUCUCUAACUCUAGACAAUGUGAGGGGACUUGCUUGUCUGCCGGAAAGCUUGUUAGAAAACAAUCAGAAUCUUGAAUAUUUGUUUAUAGCGGAUUGUCCGGAGUUAACUGGUAUUGUUACUCCCCAAUCACGCUGCCGUGCAUCUCUUCGGGAUGUAUGUAUUAGUGGGUGUCCUAAGCUGAGGUGUUUACCUGAUAAUGGGCUAUUACACCCACUCUCUCUCAAGAAUUUGGACAUAUAUCAUUGCUCCAGUCUAGAGUCCAUUCCAAUCCCUGAGCAAGGUGGCCUCCCAUCUCUCGAAAAAUUGAAGAUCAUUAAUUGUGCCGAGUUAUCCAGUCUCCCUGACGGGAUACAACACUGCACAUCUCUUCGAGGAUUGGAGAUACGGAGCUGCCCGAAGAUAAAGUCCAUUCCAAUUCCAUCAGAGGGCUUCCCAUCACUUGGUCGGCUAUGGCUUGAGCAGUGUGCUGGAUUAUCAAGCUUGCCGAGUGGGCUAGGCGGCUGCAUCUCUCUUGAGGAUUUGUCCGUAACAGAGUGCCCUAAGGUGACUUCCGUUCCAUUUGACAGUCUCAAUACAACUCUUCGAUACUUGAGGGUAGAUAAUUUGGAGUCUCUUCCUAAUCUACUCUGUCGCUUCACAUCCCUCCGUCUAUUGGGAAUCAAGAAAUGUCAAAGUACAGGUAUUGAUCUUAAAAUCCCCGUCUCUCUUAAGGAGUUGACAAUAGAAGAGUGUCCUAAUCUAGAGACUGUUCCGAGUUUAGACAAGCUCACCUCCCUCCGUAGACUGCAAAUCAGCAAUUGUUCGCGAUUAACUUGCCUACCCAGUGGGUUAGCAUUCACCCGUCUCAAGUGGUUGAAUAUUGGUCCGUUCUGCCAUGAGCUGGAUUCAUUCCCUGCUCUUCAGGUUCUACCACAACUUGAAGAAUUAGAGAUUUACGGGUGGCCUAAGCUCAAGUCUCUGCCUGAACAAAUUCAACACUUGACGUCUUUGAAGGAGUUGUGGAUAUUUGACUUUGAGGGAGUGGAGGCUAUUCCAGAAUGGUUGGGAAACCUUGCAUCUCUUACAAACCUAUUGAUUAGGCGCUGCAAGAAUCUGAAGUAUCUACCAUCCGUCCAAGCUAUGCGCAGCCUCACCAAAUUAGAGGAGCUAACUAUCGUGGAGUGUUCCCUUCUAAAAGAAAGAUGCAGAGAGGAGAGCGGCCCAGAGUGGCCUAAGAUUUCUCAUAUUCCAGAACUCGAUGGUAACUCCUUUUCUUCUCUUUCUCAAGUAUUGCGAAGUUGCAUGCUCUAUUUUCAAGUCAACGUUGAUGCAUUACUCUAGUCUGUCACUUCUAAAGCCACUCUUUUAUACAAGCAUCUCUUAAGAAAUUUAGAACUUGUAUUUAUCUACAUCCCUAUUUGGUGUGUCCCUAACUUCUUCUUUAUUAGUUCGUUGAGACAGGGGCUUGCAUGUUUGUGACACGUGAAGAAUAAGAGCCGUUUGCUGGUAUGAAUAAGUUGAAAUUGCUCCAUGUAUUGCAGUAAUGUGCAACUGUCAGGAGCAUCUAAAGCUCAAUAUCAUCUCUCUAUCAGCAUUGCAGUAUUUAUUCCCAAGGGAAAUUGCAAAAGAUGGUUCAUUGCUCAUGUUGUUAAAAAGUAUAAAGAGGCACCCUGGUUGCUCAGAUGAGAAGUAGGUGAUCCAGGUCAUUUAGAAAAGGAGGGUAGGAGUCUGGGAGCAAUUGGAGUAGUACUAGGAAGUAUGGUUCAGUCAGGGAGGAAGAAUUUAUGGAGUCUGAUAUUACCAAACAAGAUGAAGCUUAUGUGGCGUGCGUGUAACAACUUACUGCCUUGCGGGGAAGUUUUGGAAAAGAAGAAUAUGCCAAUAUGGGAAUUGCCUGAGAAGUGGGUGUAGCAAUGAUUUAGUGAUCCUUUUUCUAUGGGAAUGCAAUUGGGCAAGAAAGGUAUGCAGUCGAACUUUAUCAAGAGAAGUUGUUAGGCUUUGGCAGGCACAAGAUGCUUUGGGUUUGCAUUUCAAACAGUAGCUAAGGAGAAAAUACUUCAAUGGUUUUGUGUUGUCGCUUUGGCAUUUAUGGCAUGAACGUAAUAAUCUUUUACAUGGAAAGGAGGUGUCCCUGGUUUAUCUGUUUGUUAACAAGAUUGUUUCUUGGUAGGAAGUUUGUGAACUAGUGGGGGGAAAUGAGGAAGCUGAGUCGGUAGUGAAUGGAAGUCAACAGAUUAGAAGUGGAAGUGGGGGAGCUUUACCAAAUGCUGGGGUGGUAAAAUUAAAUAUUCAUGGGGCUAUGAAGAAUGGUUUGUUUGGUACUGGUGCUGUUUGUAGGAAUGAGUAUGAAGACUGUGUGGGCACACUGGCAGUGCCUGGGACUGGUUCUACGCUGCUAUUAGUCCACAAUCUUGUGUGUGUUCUUGACUUUAUUUAAUGUUCUUCACUUCUAUGUGCAAGCUGGGUUUGCUGGCCUACAUAUAGAGGAAGAUGCUCAAGAGUGUUUUUGCAGCUUGGUUUCUCGGCGAAGACUUCAGCAUAAAUGGUUUUCUAGUAGAUGAAGCAAGGCUGCUAAUUAGUCAGUUUCAGUGACCUGUAGUUGGGGUGUACAUCCCUAGAAUGGGUGAUAAAGCUGCUCAUAGAGUUGCUAACACUGCCAUGCCUCUCCAUUUUCUCACUUAUUGGUGG